GAGGUUUCUCGUCUUGAACAUCCGUCCACUUCCAGCCAACACCAAACGCCAAAAUGGGUCGCGUCCGUACUAAGACCGUCAAGCGGUCCGCCAAGGUCAUCAUUGAGCGCUACUACCCCCGCCUCACCCUUGACUUCGACACCAACAAGCGUAUCUGCGAUGAGAUCGCCAUCAUUGCCUCCAAGCGCCUGCGCAACAAGAUCGCUGGUUACACCACGCACUUGAUGAAGCGUAUUCAGCGUGGCCCCGUCCGCGGUAUCUCAUUCAAGCUCCAGGAGGAGGAGCGUGAGCGCAAGGACCAGUACGUCCCCGAGGUCUCCGCUCUCGAUGUCUCCCAGACCGAGUCCGGCCAGCUCGAUGUCGACACCGACACCAAGGACCUCCUCAAGUCCCUCGGCUUCGACAACCUCAAGGUCAACGUCGUCCAGGUCAGCCAGCAGCAGCAGGCCGAGCGUCCCCGCCGCUUCGGACCCCGCUAA